AUGCCCAAUUCCUCGGUUUCCACCUACCUCAACGAGUCGUGCAACCAAAAGCCAGCGUUCUUCAUCAACGACAUCCAUGAUAAACAGGACACGACUUUUAGCAACGUGACGGAAAUAUUCUCCGAGGAAACAUUACCUCAGUCUAGAGACCAGACCACAUUGAACUGGAAACCGUCAUCACUGGAACUCGUUUCACUUUGUUGCCAUAUACAGCUCCUCGCGCCGUUCAACGUGUUUUCAACCAAAUGUUUCAAGAAAGCACCUGAGGCUUGUCUUGAUCUACCGGCCCAUCAACACGCCCCCUUGCGAAAGCCAUCUGCCUCAACUCCCGAUGUGGAAGUCCGCAUGGCGAGGGAAGCAAGUAAUUCCAACCGAGAAGCCGCAAGCCAGAAACGAAGCCUGCUUCGCCUCGUUCGGGCCCCUCGGGGCAUGACUUCCAUUCACCUGUCCUUCCAAAGUCGGUCUAGAUCGUCCUUUUUGAACAAGCUUCAUACAAGCUUCAUACAGUACCACACAUAUCCUCCACCAAAUCGAUACAACCCUGGCCCAUCUUGGCUAGUUGGAACUCGAAUUCUACAUCAAAAACAUAUAGAUGUUUCCCGAUUCGGCCAGGCAGAUUUAGGCAGACACUUCCGGCGGGAUUCCCUGUCCUGGAGAGACAAGAAACGGCGUCAUGAUCGGCCUUCAUCAUUUGCCAGGCACGGCGGUAAAGCCCCCUUUUGGUAUUGUCCUGAACAGUCGAACAUACAGCCCGCCAAGAGCUAUAUACAACUUCAUCUAGUCAACCUUCCAUACCUCAAAUAA